AUGGAUAUCAGAAGCAGAGCAGCGAGGAGGACCUCGGUGACAGUAAAAAUCGGAUUGGAGCCUUCCAAAAGUGGCUCCGUCUCUUGGUCUAGGAUAGCAAAGUCUUUAGAGCCGCCGAGAUCGCGAUUGUGCGAGGUUUUCCUUACGAUGCCCAGAAGGCAUUUAGCUUCAGCACGGUGUUUUAUGGAAAACCUAGCUCACACAUGGAAUCUUCGGCGAAGUCCCUCUGGCACCCCUAUAGGUGGCCAAGCCUCCAUUGCUCCUGGCCUUGAACCAUCCAUCAUUCAAUCUUUUCCGACGUUUGUAUACUCUAGCAUUAAAGAUUUUCAUCAUGAAAAGUAUGGUCUUGAAUGUGCCAUUUGCCUGUCGGAGUUCGAAGAUGAUGACAUGCUUCGCCUUUUGACAGUUUGCUUCCAUGUUUUCCAUCAAGAGUGUAUUGACCUUUGGCUUGAAUCCCACAAAACUUGCCCAGUAUGCCGAAGAACUCUUGACAUGCCAGAACAAAUGUCAGAGAAGUCUUUGUCUAUUAAUAAUAAUUCUAUGCAUGAAAUAAGUGAAAAUGAUCAUGAAUCAUCCAUGGAUGAUACUUUUAGUAUUGAUAUUAGGGAAAACAUUCAAGAAAGUGGAUCUAGAAGUGGUAAGGCACAGAAAAUGAUUGUUCCAAAUUCAGCAAGAUCACAAUUUGAAAGGCAUAGUGGUAAGGUGGAAAGAUUUCCAAGAUCACAUUCAACAGGGCAUUCCAUAACUAGGGCUAGAGGAGAGGAAGAUAGGUUUACAUUGAGAUUGCCAGAACACGUGAAAGAAAAGAUUGCGAGGGGUCGUAAUUGGACAGGAAGUUGUGUUGCAUUUGGAGAUUUUUCAAGCAAAACCGCCACAGCUAACGGUGGAUUUGGUGAAGCAUCAGGUUGGUCAUCUCACGGUGACAUCAAUAAUGUGUAA